GAGAGACAGGGGUGGGGUGCGCUUGGAUGUACACGAACAUGCCGAGAGGAGAGUGUGUGGACGAGCGAUGACAGCCAUGCUGAGCCCAAAGAUCAGACAAACCAGGAGAGCCAGGUCCAAGAGCAUGGUGAUGGGCGAGGUGUCCCGGGGCCCAUGCCGGCCGGCCUCCCCCAGCCUCCAGGAAGGGGCGCUGAAAGCUGGCUGGCUGAAGAAGCAGCGCAGCAUCAUGAAGAACUGGCAGCUGCGCUGGUUCGUGCUGCGCUCGGAUCAGCUCUUCUUCUACAAAGACGAGGAAGAAACCAAACCACAGGGCUGUAUACCUCUGCAGGGAUGCCAGGUCAACGAACUCACAGCUAACCCGGACGAACCAGGAAGACACCUUUUUGAGAUUGUACCAGGUGGAACGGGAGAGAAGGACCGGGCGCCGAUCAGCCAUGAGUCCUUCCUGCUGAUGGCGAACUCCCAGACGGACAUGGAUGACUGGGUCAAGGCCAUACGGCGGGUCAUCUGGGCGCCGUUCGGAGGAGGGAUAUUUGGUCAGCGCUUAGAGGACACCGUGCAGUAUGAGAAGAAGUUUGGCCCCCGGCUGGCCCCCCUGCUGGUGGAGCAGUGCGUGGACUUCAUCAGGGAGAGGGGCCUGGACGAGGAGGGUCUCUUCCGGAUGCCGGGGCAGGCCAACCUGGUGAAGGAGCUGCAGGAGGCCUUCGACUGCGGCGACAAGCCCCUGUUUGACAGUAACACGGACGUCCAUACGGUGGCGUCGUUGCUGAAGUUGUACCUGCGAGAGCUGCCGGAGCCAGUCAUCCCCUUCUCCAAAUAUGAAGACUUCCUGAGCUGUGCACAGCUUUUGGCCAAAGAGGAGGAAGAGGGGGUCCAGGAGCUCGGGAGGCAAGUGAACACUCUACCUCUCCCUAACUACAAUCUCCUCACGUACAUAUGCAAAUUCCUCGAUGAGGUCCAGUCCUACGCCAGUGAGAACAAAAUGAGCGUCCAGAACCUCGCCACGGUAUUUGGACCAAAUAUCCUUCGGCCCAAGAUGGAGGACCCGGUCACUAUCAUGGAAGGCACCUCCCUGGUCCAGCACCUGAUGACGAUCCUCAUCAGGGAGCACAACCGCUUUUACUCAGGGAGGGAACAGGAGGCAUCCAACGCGCCCCAAACGGAGCUCCCCGUCCAGGGGCAUCAGCUCCAGCAUCGCAGCCUCGGAGCCUGGAUCUCAGAGGAAGACCUCCAGAGCUGCCCGGUGUCCAACCCCGACCAAGAACUGCACAGCAGUGCCUCAUCUCUGGACGCCAAACUGUGUGCCGCCGUCAUUCCCACCCAGACCACGAACACUGGACCAAAACUGGGGUCUCCAUCGGGGAAAGGAGAGAUUGUGGUCAGCCCGAGUAAACAAGCCAAGGCCAUACCCUCCUGGAAAUACUCGUUCAAGAGCUCCUCGGCGCCUCGUUCGCAGCCGCAAGGCAAGCCGAGCGGCAGCAUCAGCGGCGGCUCUGUGCCCGACGCCGCGAGUGUAUCUUCCAGUGGGGGGGGAGGUGGAGGCAACUGGCUCAUGAACGGCCUGUCCUCCUUGAGGGGGCACCGGCGCACCUCGUCGGGCGAGCGGUCGGCCCGCGACCGCGACUCCACGGGCUCCUCCCAGAGACUGUCCACCUACGACAACGUCACCUCUUCCUCCAGCAUGGGGAGCGUCCCGAGUGUCGCCAGCACGCCGUGGUCCACCUCCUCCUGCGAGAUCUCCGUUCACGACUCGGGAAGCGAGCCCUCGGUCAACCACAACUGCAGCGUCGCAGGGGUUGAAGGCGGGGGGAAAGGGGAGUGGGUGGAGAGCCAAAGGGAGCUGGACGAAGGGGGGGCGACGGACCCGAGCUCCGAGCAGGACAGCUGCGAGGCCAUGGAGCUGUGCGGCAGCAGCGCGGCCUGCAGCGAGAACGGAAACAUGGCCACGGCGGCCGGGGUGCCGUCCAUCAUCACGUCGGAGGACGGAGACGAGACACUGACGCUGAGCAGCCUGGUGGAGGGACUGAAGGACGAGUUGAGGAAGCAGAAGACUACGUACGAGACCAGGAUCCAGAAGCUGGAGGAGUCCAGCGCCGCUCUGUGCGCGCAGAUGGAGCGUCUGGAGCAAGAGAUGGAGCAGGAGAGGAAGAAGCAGCGCAUGCUGGAGAUCAAACUGCGGAACUCUGAGCGGGCGCGGGAGGACGCGGAGAACCGCAACCGGCUGCUGGAGAAGGAGAUGGAGGAUUUCUUUUCCACGCUGGGGGAUCUGGCCCUGGGUGCGAGGACUAGCGAUAUUUGACACGCCACCCGUUUGUGGACAAAACCGUCGGAGCGUAUCCGGGGGCGUUCCUCGAGAAGAAGAAAAAAAAUGACAACAGGAAAAAAUAAAAGGAAGCCGCCUUGUUUGUGUACAUUCAGGACAAACUCUAAAAAGGGGGAACUCGCCGGUGAAGAUGGCGAAGGCCGGGGUCGUCUCCAUUGGAGCACGGGGCGGUCCCGAGUUUCUCGCGCACGCUUGAAAAGGGAACGUGGCGAUGAGGCGGCGGCUCUCGUGCUGCUCCGAUGGCUUCUUUAGACCACGACCCGACAGGAACGACCGAAAAACCGCAUCGCUCGCUAGAGACGGGGUGGAUGCGCACAGCGGGCUGAAGCUGACCUUUCAAGGACCAUUUUGGGAAACACGCUCGCUUUUUCUUGGCGAGAGACGGAUGAAAAGUUUGAUACCGUGAAGCUCAACAGCCAGCAGCCAAUUAGCCUGGCGAAAUAAAAACUAAAUCUGCUUACUAAUUACUUGUAAAGCUAUUUAAUUAACAUGUUAUAUG